AUGGGCGUCGAAAAUGGACCGGAACAUAUCGUGGGAAAUCAUCCGGGAGACGUGAACCUUUGUAGUCUGAUCAAAGCGAACACAAAGUUUCGUAACAUUUCGAUUGACACGGUUUGUUCAGACUAUGAAGACGGGCGGCAUCGACCAGCAUUAUUGGAAAAGAAAUAUCCAGCUGUAAAAAACUUGAGUUUGUUUCUCAGCCAGAAACAAGAUAUUGAGGAAAAGGUUUUUGAAGCAAGCAACUCGGGAAACUUUGUGCUUUCUCUUGGCGGAGAUCACUCGAUUGCUUUUGGAACCGUUUCGGGCAUGAAAAAAAAGCAUCCCAACCUUGCUGUUGUAUGGGUAGAUGCCCAUGCCGACAUCAAUACGCUUGCUUCUACAAACUCUGGAAAUCUUCAUGGAUGCGCGGCUUCCUUUCUUCUUGGGUUGAACGAGGACACGGAUUUUGGCAACCCAAUGAUGAAGGAAAAGUUAGAUGCCAGCCAACUUGGAUACAUUGGCCUUAGAGACGUUGAGCAGUGCGAAAAAACCAUUUUGUCAAAACUUCAUAUCCAUCCCAAUGCAGUUGCUUCGGCAAUUGAUGUCGAAAAGCAUGGAAUCCUUUCUUCGCUUCGAAAAGUUCUGCAUAGCAUUGAUCCAUCCAACUGCAGACCGAUUCAUCUGAGCUUUGAUAUCGAUGCACUGGACCCCCUCGAAGCGCCAGCAACGGGAACCCCCGUUCCCGCUGGCCUAUCGUUGAGAGAGGGGAUCAUUAUAUGUGAGGAGCUAUAUAAUACAGGAAGACUGGUGUCCAUGGACCUUGUUGAGGUCAACAUAUCGAUUGCUCAAAAUCAGCAAGAGGCCGAGAGGACAAAGUCUGCAGCGCAAGCCCUUAUUUUAUCUGCGCUUGGCCAAAAGUACUUGUGA